CAAAAUUGAGCAUCUUUAGUCAGAUAUCUUGCACAACUAUCGCAAUUUGAAUGAGGCACUAACAUCGUUUGCGACCAAUGACAGAGCUUGUCGUAGUCCAGGUGAUGAAGAUACAGCAUAAGCGAGUCCAGGAAGCUGUCGGCGCAAUUUGACUUGUUUUGUGUCGGCAUUUAUGGACUUCGACAAGUUAAACACCAGUCGAAUUGGCGCCUGCAAAAGAUCGCUGCCAUUUGAGCAUCAUGUUACGCGGGAGCUAAAGCGGGUCAAGGAUUGUGCUCAGGAGGAACAAGUUGCGGCGCCCGUAGUAACGGCACCUUUGUCCUCACGCCUGAAGCGGCCUCUGGAAGACUGUGAAAUAGUUACAGAGAAAGAGAUUUGUGCGGCUGGAGGCGCCGCCGUUAACUUCUCACCGGCGAACAGCGAGGGCGGCAGCCGCAGUGCAUCUGCCCUUGGGGAUCGGACUCGAGUCCUGCAAUCGUCCGACCUUGAAAACAGCAUUGCGAUCUUAUCCGGCGCCCUCCGAUGGCGCAGCCCCGUGAAACCGUACAAGAUGCCCCGCCUUCAUGGACCGCGCCUGCCCACUGCCGUGCGCGGUAUCGUUGACGUGGGAAUUGAAACUGGUAACCACGACGACCAGCCGGGGCGUCACUCGCAGCACCCGAACCAUCAGAACCAAAAUGCGUCAACGGAUGCGACUGGCUGCACGGCGGAACUGGCGCAGUGCCACCAACAGCAAGCACAACAGCAGCCCGGGGUGGCCAGUGUCAAUCCCGUAGGGCAGCAUCCCCAGGGGCCAUCGGGCGGACAUACGCAGCCUACCGGAGCCGUACCUGUGGCUCAGCAGCAACAGCAGCAGCAGCAUGAGUGGGGCCGGCUGUUCAGCGCCCUGAGCCUCGGGGGCCCGGCUCACAGCUGUCUCCGGUCCGACCCCGUGUGGGCAGCUGCCACCAGCAACAGGGAGGGCCGCGGUGGCGUAAGCAGUUCGGCUACCUCCCGGGGCUACAUUAGUGGCGGGCAAGGCGUGGAACAGCCCAAGGCGCGUUGCGCCCCAGUUGGCAGCAACAACUGCCGCGGCAGCAGCGGCAGCUCCCAGGCCACGCCUGUCAUAUGCGACGGAAGCAACACCUGCAUGGCUCCCUACCCAAACCAGCCUAUUGGGAGUGUUAUGGUAGGAACAAGCCCAUGCGGCGAUGCUCAAGGGCCUUUGCCGGGGCCGGCAUUGAUGGGCGCUGACUUGACGAGCCUUGCCAUUGGGCCGCCGCCGUUGACUGCAUCACCUUCUGGAAGUGCUGUGUCCGGGACUCCGUAUUCCGUCGUUCCUAUCAGCCCGUGGCAUCAGUCGGAGCCCGGUAUGGGCAGCGAAGCCGUGGUGGGAAUGAGCCUAGUCAAGGCUGUAGCUGAACCAGGCCCUGUCAUGCCGGGCCUGGCAUCUGGGUCACAGCUUGAACGCUAUACGGGUCGUGCGGUAUCUGGAUCCGUUGCAGCCCGAUGUGGUGGCUUCUUGGCCCAAGAGGCCUUGGGGAGCCGAGCGGCGCGCCGGCAAGCUUCCAGGCGCAUGGGCCGCUUGUCGGGCCGCACCCGGGGCCCGGGCAAGCGGGAGGCGGAAUGGGGCCGCCUGGGGCUCAUCCACACGGGCAGCGCAGCGACCUUCCCGGGAGCAGUUGGUCGCACCAGGCGGGCGCGGAGGCGUGGAGUGGAGCAGCACAGGCGCCGCGUGCGCAGGAGGGCCCACACAAGGAGCGUGGCGUCAGCCGGUCCGCGCCUGCUGGUGGUGCUGCAGCGGCGGCGCCAUCAAAUGGCUGCUGGCAAUGCGCCCUUCCAUGCCCGCAUGAGCAACGCCGAAGUGAAUGACCACGUGGACGCGUGUGUGAGGGUGCUGUCGAGCGACAUGUGA